UGGGGAGAUAUUUGGGUAGAACCAUGGGAUUGAGUGUUACGUAGAUCAGGAGUUUGUUGAGCUGGUGAUGCUUAGUUGCCUGUUUGACCUCGUGUAGGGGCCGUUUUGCUGGUAUUUAGACGGCCCGCGGCCUGGAUACUUUUUUGGCUUUUAGUUUGUGUAAAGGCAUUGGUGCUUACUUCUAUCUCUUCCUAUUAUGGAGUGCCAGACAUUCGACGAAGAAAAGACAAUAGGCGCCGUCACGCUCAGAGCCUCCGGUAGCUCAGAACAGGUAUUCGAAAAUGAGGACGACGUGUGGGACGGCCCAAAUGACCCCGCCCGCCCAAAGAAUUGGUCCCAAGGCGAGAAAUGGAGAGCCACGUUUCUCCUCUCAGGCUUCGCUCUGAUACAACCACUCGCUGAGACGAUGCUGGCUCCAGUCCAAAAACCUAUCUCCAAAGACCUAUCCAUUACUAGAACUUACGACUGGGUACUCGUGAACUCUCUCAUUCUCAUCGGCGUCGGUUUCGGUCCCCUCAUUCUCGCUCCAAUAUCCGAAGUCUAUGGACGAAAGAUAGCGCUGCUCAGCGGCGGGGCAGUAUUCGUAGUUUGGAACACUGCCUGUGGGGUAUCGCAGACUCUAGGCCAAAUGUUAGCAUUCCGACUACUGGCAGGAUUUGGGGCUUGUGUUGCUGAUGCAGUUGCGGGAGGGGUGUUGGCGGAUCUUUGGCUGCCGCAUGAACGGGGACGGGCGUUUGCUGUGUAUAUGGCUGCUCCGUUGCUGGGCCCUGCUUUGGGUCCGAUUGCGGGUGCAUUCAUUGCGACGGGCACAACUUGGAGAUGGGUCUUCUGGAUCACAUCGAUUGCGUCCGCGGUCGUGUUUGUCCUGGCCAUGGUUUUCCUAAAGGAGACCUAUGAACCUAGGCUUGCGUAUUUACGGCGUCGUCGUCGACAGAGCCUGGGUGGAAAGCCCACGGAGAGAAACGCCAAAGCAGGUCUUCAAGAACUCGCAAAGGAGACAACGGAAUUCUGGCAACUGAUGUGGACGAAUCUCCAGAGGCCCCUCCGCAUGUUAGCAACGCAGCUCAUCAUCCAGCUCAUUGCGAUAUACAUGGCCUUGCUGUAUGGUACCAUGUUCUUGUUUUUGUAUAUGUACCCGCUACUUUGGACGAAGCAAUAUGGCCAAAGUGUUCGCAUAGGGAGUUUGAAUUAUAUCUCCGCGGCGAUUGGAUAUGUCGCCGGCGUUCAAGUGGCUGGCCAUCUGAACGACAGUAUAUACUCCAAACUCAAAGCCCGUUCCAGCAACAACAUAGGGCGUCCCGAAUACCGCGUCCCAGUCAUGCCCAUAGGAACACUCCUAGUUCCCAUCGGCCUCCUUUGGUGGGGUUGGUCUGGCGAAACCCGCCUCCACUGGAUCAUGCCAAAUAUAGGGUGCAUGCUCUUCACAGCUGGAUGCUAUAUCUGCUCAUGUUGCAUAUCAGUGUAUACAAUUGACGCUUAUACCAGAUACUCAGCGUCGGCAGUGUCGACGAAUCUGGUUCUGAGAAGUAACGUUGCUGCCUUCUUUCCGCUCUUUGCUCCGUACAUGUUCCAGGAGGUUGGGUUUGGCUGGGGUGCCACGAUAUUAGCUGGUAGUUUUGCGGUCAUAGGAUUCGGAGCAAUUUUUGUGCUUUGGUGUUUUGGAGAGAGGAUCAGGCGCAGGAGUAGGUAUUGUGCUGCGAAUGAUGUGGAGUUCUUGUAA